AUUGACCAAUCACAUUAAGGCCCUUCUAUUUGUUUGACCAAUCACUGGCUUCCUUCGUUUCGAGCGUUCACUUUUGAACGCCAGGCGCCGCCAGCCUGCCUGUGUUUACGAAUUACGUUCACACGCAAAUGAAGCCGCAUGAUUUUGCAAGAACGAGUGGAUAUCAGCGCGAAAUUUUGUUUUGAAAAUGUCGAAUUUAUAUGAAUUAGAAGUGUUAGCAGGGAUGAAGCGGUCGGAGUUACAAAAAUUGGCAAAACAGCAUGGCAUCAAAGCUAAUAUGAAGACCGAUGGCUUGAUCAAGGCCCUGGCAGCAGUGGUAGACUCAAACUUAGAAGCAAGCAAUAAAAUGUCAUCGGAAGAAGAAACUACAUGUAAAUCCUCAGCCUCGUCCACUGAAGAUCAGUCUGAAGUUGAAGCUUCUGAGGAGAAACCAAAAAGCGGACGGGGAAGAGGACGGAAGCAGAGGAGAGGACGCAAGGCUAUCAAGGAAUCACCAGAGAAAGAUCUUAAGAAAGAUGUGAUUGCCGGCGGUGACAAUGAUACACUAUCAUCUGCUACAGAAUCAGAUAAUCAGGCAUCAAGUGUUACAGAGGAUGAGAAGGCUUCCCCAGUCGCCAAGAAGUCUAAAGCAAAGUCGAAAGGGAGAGGAAGAGGCAGGCGAGGGAAGCAGACCAAGGAAGAAGUUUUAGAAGAGGAAAUGGACCUAGUGGUUGCUCCAUCAGCAGCAGCAGUGACAUCCUCUCCAGCAGCCUCAGGAAGACAAUCUAGAAGCUUACAAAGAACGCCUCUCGUCAGUGAACCAACAUUACCAACACCACCAAAUUCUGGCUCCAGCAGGAAAGUCAAGAGAGCAAUCAGGCGCACCACGCACACUCCUCAACCAGCAGUCGUCCCUGCUCAAACAACUCUAUCUUCACAUACCCCUGAACCUGCCCUGUCUUCCAACAAAAGGUCAUCAAGAACAACCCCUCUCACAGCCACUCCCAAGACCACACCAGCAACCAUCAAGACCCCAGCUGAAGCCAAGACCAGAGGGUCAACCGGUAAGAGAUCAGCCAGUGGGUCAGCGGGGAGCAAGGCUAAGAAGGUACGGAGAGGAACAUUCGACAAGUCACCGGCUAAGGUUGCCGUCGAAGCACCUAAGAGCAGCAGUUCGCUGAAGGAUGAAAUCAUGGCUGAGAUCGACAGGAAGGUCCAGAUGCAGGUUGCCAAAUCUAAGAGUUGUAUCCCGACCAGAGCGCAAGCAACGAAGAAGACCCCGGGCAAGAAAAACUGGUCCAAGACUCAUCAUGGAGCUCUGGACAAGAUGGAAUCCAUUGAUGCCUACCUCGAGAGGAAACAGAAGAGAGCAGAAGCUUUAUCUGCCACCAAGAAGCAAAAGAUCCCAGCUGUUGCUAAGCCUGUCCUGAAACCAAAAGGCUUUGACUUUGCCUCCCCCAAGCCAGGUAACAAGCCCAAGAACUUCAGCUUUGCUUCUCCCAAGCCCACAAAGGCAACCAUGCCCACCAAUCCCAAGUCGGCUAAGACAGUCUCCUUCAAGGUUUCCAAGCUUAAAACCCCAAAGAAGGUCACCCUGCCCAGUACCGUGGCUGCUCCCGCCGUCGAGAAGCGUAAGGCUACUCCUGGUGUCCGCAAGUCAAUAUCCGCACUGACUCCAAGAUCAGUGCCGAGGAGAUCGGUUGGAGGGGUGACUCCGGGCAACGAGAGGAAGUCUUUUGGAGGAACCAAGACGCCCUCAAGGAAAUCAGUUGGAGGAUUCUGCGCAGGAGAUGGCAGGAAGUCACUUGGGGCUGCAAAGACCCCAUCCAGGAAAUCAGUUGGUGGUGCUUUGACUCCGUUUGGCAAGACAGCAAUUGCCACAUCAGCAACCAAACCCAAGAACAUGUUUGACCUCAAAGCAUCUCUGUCCAAGCCUCUUUCAUACAAACCCCAUUCAGGGAAGCUGAAACCGUUUGCCGAGAGCAAAAUCAACAGCACCAACGUGAGGGCUCCUCCUUCCAAUGUAGCGACUGCGAAGACGAUGAUUAAGAAACCCGUAUUGAAGGGGCGUGAUGCGAGGAGGGCGGGUAACAUCAAACAUCGUACUCAGAAGAGAAAUGAUAGCUUCAUGGCUAACCGGGGUAUCACUGGAUGCUAGGAUUACCCUCCGUUGCUUUUUAGAUGUUAUUAUGAAUUGAAAUGAAAUUCACCAACAGUUUCUCAAAUCUUAUUACAAAAAAAACAACAACUGGGAGCUCUGGGCUAUUUCACCACCAUUUUUACCCAGAUUUUUCCAAGAGCCCCAGAAAACUAAAAAGAGCUCCAAAAUUCCCAUAAGACUAAUUUAUGUAAACUGUAAUGUAAUGGAAUAAACUUUGGCUGGUGAUAUCAAAAAGUAGCCUUGGAUUAUUGUAUUUUUUUAAGAUCAAUCUUUGGCCUGGAACAGACAGAUGGAGGAAAUGGUCGCUUCAUACAUUGUGUAUGGCUUUAUUCAUCUGAAAGGAAGAGUGUGAAAUAUGUCACGAAGUGUAGUGGAACGAAAGACAGGCGGUGAAGAUAUUUUUAUUACUUCCACUAUUUAAACGUUUUCCUGUCGUUUUGACUGCUAAAUUCUUUUAAACUGUUCUAUGUAUGCUUCACAUUGCUGUUUGUGAAGUAAUGCAUGAAUGACCUUUUUUAAAUUACUGAUCAGUGGAAUAUGAAAUGCCAAACGGGAAUCCCAAAUUUUUUAUUAGAUUUUUACGAGGUGUAUCUGUAUCGUUCAGUCUGCAAAAUACCAGGAUUGGCACAUCACGCUAACUUGAAGAGCACUCUUAAGUAAAUAUUGGUAAUCACUAUACCCAUGAAGACUUCAAAUUGGCAUCAUAUAUAAUUUCAUAGUGAUGAAAGGCAAGGACUACUCUUCCAUGUACUCCAAUACAUAAAAUGGCUAAAAUGUCAUUUUUAUUCAAAAGUUUUACUUCAAACUGUAUUUUAUUUUUGUUUCAUGAAGACAUCAAACAAUAUACUACCAGGGUACUUAGGAGAAAACCACCAAUACCUGAUAAUUAGGUACAUGGCCAACAGGAAAGUUGUCCCUGCCCCUUGUCAUAAUUUACUUACCCAGUUGAGGCUGCGAUGAAUGCAAGGAAUGCUCCCCAGGGAGUGGAAAUUGUGCACUUUUCGUGCGGGAUUGAAAUGAAUCCAAUGACCGGGGUAAUAAUAUGCUGUAAAGCGCUUUGAGCCAUUUCUGGGAAAAGUGCUAUAUAAAAAUUGGCUAUUAUUAUUAUUAUUAUUGCCAAUUUGAAAUUGACAUAGUCUUAGGGAUCUCAAUUCUACAACAGCCAUAACUUCCUUAUUGCUUGUCCGAUUUCUUUCAAACUUUCACAAUUCUGUUUUAUUUAUUUUUCUUCUUUCCAACACAACAUUUUAUGACCAAGGCUUGAUUUCCAUUUAAUUUUUUUUUAGAUAACUUUUCCAUUGUAUAUACAAUAAAUUUAAAAAAAUGAUCACUUUAGGCAGAAUUUUUCUCCGGAUUUUCAUUCAUUUUGACAUCCUGAAAAUUUAUUUUAAGAAGAAACUGUAAUAAAAUAUUUUGUAAAUGAGCAGAGGGGGUAACUAUAUUUCAUCCUCAAAAUGUUAUUCUAAAGUUCAUAAAAACAUGAAUAAAAAAAAAAAAGGAGGUCUGGUUGCUGCGCUAUCUCACAGCCAGCAAUUUUCAUCUUUAUUUAAAAAUAAACUUCUGUUUUUUAUUAUAUUUAAUAGUAGAAGUGACCAUUAAUUGCAGAGUUUCUGAAUUGUAAGUAACAUUUUUCCCUGAGUUUCCACCUCACACUCUGAUGCCAACACAAUUAUAAAUAACUAAAUAAAUUGUCGGAUAAGAUACAGUGGAAAAUUGAUUUAGAUAUCAUGUGCCAAAGACUUGCUUUUUAUCAUUAGAUCUGGUGGGUGUUUCAUUAAGCUGUUGGUAAAUUAAGAGCGACUUUAAGAAUGACUGGUGAUCCUUUCUUACACGCUAAACCAUCGCCUAUGGUGUGUAUACCAUUUACCAAUAAAGGAUCACCAGUCGUUCUUAUCUUACGAACAGCUUUAUGAAACACCCACCUGUUGUCUUUAAAUCUUAAGAAUGGAGGAUAUUUACCUUCUUUUUUUUUUAUGUACAUUACUAUUAUUGUUAUUUUGAAAAUUUUACUAGAUUUGCAGUUAGUUUACAAACUUUUAACCUCUAAUUAAUUCUUCAAUCCAAGAUAAUUGAUUCACGACCUUUUUUAAUUUGUAUAGAUUGGCUUGACCUUGAAAAUGUCACACACUGACACUGUCCACUCGGGAAUAUUAACAGUUUGUUCUAUAUAAUAUCCUUCCCCCUUUUUAUUGCUCUAUGAGAAAACACUAUAUAGAGAUAAUUCCCUUGCUUUUGUUCAUGAUUAAAAGGUCGGGGUAUGGCCUACACUUUUUAGGAUAUGCACUUAAAAUCAGAAAUAUUUCCAUUUCUCUUGUCUACUACUUUGGAAAUCCCUCUACUUCGUGUAAAUGUAUCAUAUGUACAUUCAUAGUUUAUAUAUACAAUGUACUUUCAAAUUUGGAUGUGCGAUGUGCUCACUUAUGAUGGUAGAAUGUUGUAAGUUUUCUUUUUAUUUAGAGCACUAUAAUGAAGUUUGUUUCGUACAUGUAAUUAGAAAAUAGAGGUGAUAUUUAACUCUUUUUUAAAUCUGAUUGUAUGAUAAUAAUAACAUUUAGGGGAUUUUAUUUUAGGAUUGGUUUUAAUGUUGUUAGUCAUGAUAAAUGCAGUAUGUUCAUUUACACAUAUUGUUAACAGUUAUUAUGUAUUUUACUCCAUUCGUAUUAUUGAUAAGGUGAUAGUGAUUGUUCUUUUGUACAUUUUAAUACGAUUCAUAGGAAAAUGUUUUCUAUCUUGUUUCUUGUAGUAAUACAGUAGUUUCUUUCUCACCAAAAUUCUCAAAAACAAUUAAAUCAUGUCCCACACAUUCUAGACUACACUGUAACAUACAUGUGCCUGUAUUUAGUAGCAUUAAUGUUCAUAUGAUAUGACACUACACAUUCUUAUUUUCCAUUUUCCCAUAUAUUGUGAAAAUGAUUGUACAUAUGUAAAAAAUGCACAUAGAACAAGAUAAAUGCAAAAUAGCAUUUUUGCUUGUAAAUAAUAAAAUAAAGGCCUUUUUGUACAUCCUCCUGGAAAAAUA